AUGGCCCAUGGACCUCCUCCAAAAUUUCUACCAGUAUCAACUACAGGAAACGUCAUUGCAAUGGAGCGUGCAGUUCUGAGCAUCCUGGACUACAUCAUCUUGGCGGCCACUCUUAUUAUAUCUGCCGGUAUUGGUGUAUUUUUUCGAUUCUAUGGCAGCAAACAGCAGACAACUGACGAGUACCUUCUGGCGGGAAAAAAUAUGGCCAUCUUACCAGUGGCAUUCUCCCUCAUGGCAUCCUUCUUAUCUGCCAUCGCAAUGCUUGGACUUCCAUCAGAGAUGUACCGCUUUGGAACACACAUGGUUUUCAAGAAUGUAGGCUUCAUCAUUGGUACUGUUAUCUCGUCAUACAUAUACCUUCCAGUAUUUUUCGAGGUACAAGCACCUACUGCGUACGAGUAUUUGGAAAGGAGAUUUGGCAAAGUCGCAAGAAAAAUAAGUUCUUUUGUUUUUUUGAUAGAUAUGAUACUGUACAUACCCGUUGUACUCUACGGUCCUGCUUUAGCGCUGAGUGCUGUCACAGAUCUCUCAACAUGGGUAUCAGUAAUUUCUGUCGGCACUGUUUGUACCUUCUACUGCACAUUAGGAGGUAUGAAAGCCGUUUUAUGGACUGACGCUUUUCAAGCCCUUCUCAUGUUCGUAGGGAUAUUUACAGUGAUUUUCAAAGGAAUUAGCGAUGUAGGAGGUAUUCACGCUGUGUUUCAAAUUGCAAAAAAAGGAGGAAGACUUGUAGUACCUGGCUUGGAAUUGGGACUGGAUGUUCGUUACACGAUAUGGAAUUUCCUGCUAAAUGCCAUCAUCGAUUCAAUGGCGACCUUCGGCGUAAACCAAGUGCAAGUACAGAGAUUACUGACAGUCAGAAAUGUUCCGAGAGCAAGAGCCGCCUUAUUUUUGAGUAUUCCUUUAUGGGUAGCCUUUCACUUACUAAAUUGCCUCAUAGGCAUUAUCGUCUAUGCCUAUUUUGCAAACUGUGAUCCAAUAACAGCUCCCAAUGCAUCUAUUACAUCAUCUGAUCAGUUACUUCCAUUAUUUAUGAUAUCUGCUCUUAGUACUUACCCUGGUUUAGCUGGCCUGUGCAUUUCUGGCCUUUUCAGCGCUUCACUGAGCACAACAUCAUCGGCAGUCAAUUCGCUCACUGCUGUUACAAUGGAAGAUAUCAUCCGUCCAGCACUUGGAGGGAAAAAAAUAUCUGAGAAUAAAAUAGCCUUCAUUUCAAAAAUUAUCACUUUCUUUUACGGAGCUGUGUCUUUGGCUCUGAGUUUUCUUGUUUCGAAAUUUGACAAUCUGACUCAGUCUGCUUUCCUUAUUUUUGGACUCACUGGUGGGCCUCUUCUGUCCAUGUUUACGCUUGGAAUGAUGACACAACGCACUAAUGAAAAGGGUAUAGUACUAGGAGUAAUAACUUCCAUAACUUUUACAUCAUGGAUUAGUUGGGGAAUCUUAUUUUAUGCUCCACCGCCAAAAUCUCUUCCGACAUCAGUUGAAGGAUGUGUUGAUAACGAAUGGACGAACGCAACCCUAUCCCCUUACGAGAUGUCGACCUUGUUUGAUGCAGUUGAAGAUCGUUCAGCUAGUAGUUCAUUCUUUAUUAAUGAUACAGUAACUUCAUCUACAACUGUAUCUUCUGAGGAUGUGCUCUAUGUCUACCGCAUUUCAUUCAUGUUGAUUGGCACUGUUGGGUUUACUUCUUGCACCGUCGUCGGCUACAUUCUUAGUGUUAUAUUUAACAUAAUUUCCGGGUCGACCAAAGAUGUUCCAGAAGAAUUAUUAAGUCCAGUUCUAAAAUUUUUCUUGAACAAGAAAUCAUAUAAUGGCGGAGAAAAGAAAAAAAGAUCGGUAGAGCUAGAAUUGGAAGUUGUGAAUCCAGUGAGCAACGGAACUCAAGUGAAAAAAAGAAUGCAAGAAAUUAAUGGAGUUGAAGAAGUAGAAAAUGUGAAUCCUAUUAGUAACGGGACUCAAGAUAUUAAAAGAGUUACUGGAAAUUAAUAGUAAACUGUAACGAAUUUGCUAUGUGUUUGUACCCACAUUCAAAAUUCAGUAAUUACUUUGUGAAAUGGACACAUUUUUUGACAAGACACCAUCCAUUUUCAGCUGCACCUAUCGGCGACUGUCGCUAUUUUACCAUAUU